AAUUACUGGCUUCAUGGUGAUUUCAGUAUAAAUAUGAAUGCUGAAAAAGAAAAAGUAUUUUGUGACGUCUUGAAACACGUACAUAGGCAGGAUUGGAAAACCAAUCCGACGACAAACAUUAAUUGAGAGUGUUUUUGCAACCCGAUGUUACGAUGAGAAAGUGGAAUAAUUUUGUUUGAAUUUGCAUUUUAUGCUGAGUGAAAAUGGUGCAAUUUAAUGUAUUGGAAGAAUUAUGAAUUAUUUUAUUCCAACUUAAAAAAAGAAAAAUAAUAUUCAGAUUUAAAUAUCUAAUCUCUAAGCUGAAUUCUUUUAAAAAAGAUAUAAUCUAAAUGCCACGUGUAUAAGAGAAUGGUUGUAAUAAAAUAAUUUUGUUGAAACAUCCAUUGUGUGUUGACCAAAGAUGAAACGAUUUAAAUGUGAUCGCAAAUACACUUAUCAUUAAUUUUACCUCUUUCUACAUUUGAAAGGUAUUGCAUCAAACCUAUUUGUACAAUUUCUCAACUAGUUGGAAACUAAUAAAACGUAAUUAGAAAAUGUUCCUUUUCCAGGAAUAUAAUUUUUAUCUUUACAGAAAAUCACCGAUCGGAAGUGGAUUAAUCUGCAGAUAACUGCAUUCAAUCACAAAACGUGGAUUUUGUCCACAUGCUUUAAAUACUAUAGUUAUCAUGAGAAAACGUUGACAAUACACGUGUUUUUCGAUGACGUAUGUUUUAAAUAAUGAAACGAAAAGUGUUUGAUAUGUGGGUAUUAGUUUACGUUUGAUUUAGCCUGGUAUUAUUCUGAUUUCGUGAGUGUAUGCUGCAUAUUUACGUAAUCGAGAAUAAUAUUUGUUACCUUACCAGAAUUUAAGGGUGAAGUGAUUGUGUGCGAAGUUGGACUUUCACUAGUUUAUUACACAAGACAAGAAAAGAGGUAGAAUGGCUAAGCUAAGAAGAGAAAUAAUUGCCUGUCUUAUAUCCUUAUAUACUGGCUUUUGUCUGGUGUUUUAUGCUUAUUCAACAGUUUCAUUCUCACCUCCUGAUGGCUCUCUUUCAAUAGACAAAUCAGAUCAAAAUUCAAUCAGCUCAAUUUUCAAUCGAAAACUCUUAUCUUUUUAUGAUUUUACUGAAUCAUUAUCAGAAAAUGAGAAUUGCACAAAGCCUGAUAUUGAACAGUUCCCUCGUCCUUUAAUUGAUUAUCCUACGCGGAGAAAUGGAGGACUUGCUGUGCAUAUUUUUGUGUCCUUAUACAUGUUUCUUGGACUUGCUAUUAUUUGUGAUGAAUAUUUUGUGCCUUCUCUUGAAAAAAUGUGCAAAUCGCUCAAUAUGCAAUCAGAUGUUGCUGGAGCAACUUUUAUGGCUGCUGGUAGUUCAGCUCCAGAACUUGCAACUGCAGUCAUUGCGGUCUUUGUUGCCAAAGAUGAUAUUGGUAUUGGAACUGUAGUUGGAUCUGCUGUUUUUAAUAUUGCAUUUGUGAUAGGUAUAUGUGGUCUCUUUGCUGGAAAAGCUAUUCAUCUGAAUUGUUGGCCAAUGUUUAGAGAUUGUGUGUUUUAUUUAAUUAGUAUUUUGGCUCUUCUUUUUGUUUUACUGGAUGAGAGUGUGAACUGGUUAGAAUCUGCUAUUUUUCUGGUGCUAUAUGCUGUCUAUAUUAUUUUUAUGUUUUUUAAUGAACGAUUUGAAAGAUGGGUCAAAAGUAUAAAAUGUUUGUCUCGUUUGAACUGCAGAAUUCCAGAACCUAUAAAUGGAGUAUCGUAUCAUGCUCUCCCAGAUUUGACACAAGCUGGCUUCUUAGAUAACUGUGAUAAAACUUCCAAUUCAGAACUUACAAGCGUUGAAUCACCUCAACCUCUGACUGAAGAAGCAGAAGAAGAAAAUUCAGUCUUUUCUCCUCCCGAAGGUGGAUUCAGAAAGAGUUUUUGGCUCCUCUCCAUUCCCAUUUUAAUUGUUUGUUACUUCACAAUUCCUGACUGUAGAAGAAAAAGGUGGGAAAAAUGGUUUUUUGUAACAUUUCUGGCAUCAUGCGUUUGGAUUGGUGCUUUAUCUUAUAUACUCGUUUGGAUGAUAACUAUAAUAGGGUUUACUUUGAAUAUUAAAGAUACUAUCAUGGGAUUAUCAUUUUUGGCAGCUGGAGCUAGUAUACCUGAUGCUAUUUCAAGUCUUUUGGUAGUACGUGAUGGCUUAGGAGAUAUGGCUGUUUCAAAUGCUGUAGGUAGCAAUGUUUUUGAUAUCUUGCUAUGCCUUGGAUUGCCAUGGUUCAUUCAAACUGCUCUAGUGGAACCCGGAUCUCAUGUUCUUGUUCGAAGCAGAGGUCUUACUUAUUCUACUCUAACUCUUCUACUUACAAUUGUGUUUCUUCUAUUGGCAACACAUUUGAAUAAAUGGGUAUUGGACAGGAAAUAUGGUAUAAUUCUUCUUAUCUGGUAUGCAAUAUUUAUGAUGAUAGCUAUUUUUUAUGAAAGCAGCUUAUUUGGAAGUGAUAUUCUUCCAAUGUGUCCAAGUGACUUUUAAGCAAUGAAUUUUGAAAAAAAUGCUUUAAUUUUUAUGUGCAAUUUGGUUGGCUCAAAAACCUCAUUUGUCUGCAGAGUUUAUGUAACUGUGCCUUAUCUUGUUAAUGCUUGUAUGCAUUAUUGCAUAAAUUUUCAUUUCAUUUUCUGCCAAAUUGUAUCUUUAUGUCAUUUUAUUGAUGAUAGUUGAAAUUCUAUUAAUACUUAUUAAAUCAUGCAUUAUUCUUCAAAAGUUUAUAUCGAACGUGUUUUCUAUUACAAAAUAUUUUUUGCAUUAUAAAGUAAUUUUCUUCAAACACAGUAUGUGCUAAAAUGAUUUAAUAUGUUUUUUCUCUAAAAUUCUGAACAAAAAUGUCAAUAUUUAUUAAGAGUUAAUAUUUUUUGAGAUCAUUCAGGAUUGAAAUUGAGCUAAGUGUGUUUUGCUGAGCUAAGUUGUGUUUGCUAAGGUGUGUUUUUGAAAUAUGUCAUUAGAUAUUUUGUUGGAAUUUUUAUGUUUUUCAAAUUUUUAAAUAAGAAUCCCAUUGAGCAUAACCCAGAAUUAAAUAGUUUCUAAAUGAGUUGAGAAUAAAGAUUAUGUGUUAUAGGGUUUCAUGGUUUUAAUUUUUUCUAAACAUAUAGUACAUAUAUUGUAAUAUUGUAUAUAGUGGUGUAGUAAAAAAGUUAAUUUUAAUUUAGAAAUUCUGACCGAAAAUGUAUUGAAUAGUUAACUAAUUUUUUUGCAAAUAAUCUUAAGUAACAUAUAAUUUAACUGUACACAAUUAAUAAUGUUUUUGUAAUAAGAGAUUUAUGUUAUUUGAAGCAUAAUUUUUCAAAUUUAACCCUCAAUUUUUCGAAACAUCUGGGUAAGUUGUACAGAAUUUUUAGCACAAUACCAUUUAAAAAUAUUAGAAAAAUCUGUUUGUCACGCAGAAAAGCAACCAAGAAAAAAUUUUGUCAAAUGCUCAGAGUAUAAAAAACCUCACUCAUGCAUACUUUCUGUCUGAACUACAGUUUUUAUGUUGUGUUAUGUAAUUAUUUGUAUUGCUUUUUUACUUAAAAUGUUUUUGGAAUGUUAAAGAAAGGUGAAAUAAUGAAUUUUUUAUGAAAUCUGACCUGGUACAUUUUUUAAUGAAAUCUAAUAUUUGAAACGUUAAGUGAUUUUUAAUUGGCGCAUCAUAUAUUUUUAUUAUGUUUUAAAAUAUUACUGCUCAACAUCUCAAAUACCAUCUAUUUAGUCAUGCUCUUUGAGAAUUUUAUGUAAAAAGUUGAAACGAGCGACCUAGCCAAAUUUGAGUCCUUUUGAAAUGGUUAUAUUUUCGAUAAUUGUUGGCAUCUUCGCAUUUUUUAUUUAUAACUUUGCUGACAUUAUUUUCAAUCAUUGUAUUUUCUAUAAAAUUUAUGACAUCUAGUAAUCACUUACUUCCCUAAAUAUUGAUUCUAGUGUUUAUAUACUUUUUUACAAAUCUCUACAAUAUUUUGUAAAUUUAUUUAAUAUUGCAUUAAGGGGCUUGUGUGAAUCAAAAAGUUAUGCAAUUAUGUGCAAAUUCUAUCACAAUUAUAUGCAAUAUUUUUAAUAACAUGAUGUAAUAACUAGUUUUUGCAAAUGAUUGCUCAUUUUUAUUAUCUUAAUGUGCGAUUUCUUAAAAUAAAUAUGAAUAUUUAAAAUGAGUUUUUUUUAAAUUAUUGAACGAUAUCCACAGCUUAACUCUUUCACUAUUAUUACCUUACUGCUAGAUUUCUUACAAUAAUUACAAAUGCCAUUAUUUUGGUGUAGUAUUAAUUACAUUAUUGUAUGAAAUUCUCAAUUUUACAUCCAUCAUUAUUGUCCUUACAAUUUUUUUUAAAAUUUCCAUUUGGAAUUUGUCUUUAUUAUUAUUAUUUUUUUUAAUUGUUCUUGCAUAUUCCUUAUAAAUAUUUGUAUAUUUUGCUUUAGUUUCUGCUAAUUAAGUUAAUAUUAAAAUAUUUUUGCAGUUGUAAACUUUUUUAAAAUUUUAAUUUAGACUGUUAAAACUGUAUAGUUGUUAAAACUGUAUCCAGACUAAGUUUAAAACUGUAUACCUAGUUGUUUUUAAAUUUUCUCAUAAAAAUUAUAAAUAAUAUUUCUAGUUUUGCUUAGAUAUUUAAUAAACAUGUAUUUGUUUUGAA